AUUUGCGAUAUAAAGCUUCGUAUCUCUUCUCUUCCCGGCACGCAACUCCUCUCCAGCAUCCGACCACUCUCUACCCACUCCACCCUCACUAUCCUUCAACCAAAAUGUCUACCUCCGGAGAAAAGCGCGCUGCGUCACCCACCCCGGUUGGAGACGCCCACGAUCCCAAGAAGCAGAAAGCUGAGGUCGGUUGCGCCGUCGUCGAUACAGCUCGCGUGAUACCAGUCGCAGCCCCCGCCGAGAUGCCCUCUUCUCCCAGCGCUGUGUCUGCCGCACCUCUUACUCCAGCAACUGCAACUGCACAUGUCGAGACCCCACCCACUCCGGCUUCUUCAUCGCCUCUCUCCGAAUCCGCGCAAAAGCAAACAGCGGCAGCAGCCACCCCAGCUGCUGGCAAGAAGAAGGCGAGCAAGAACCCCGACGUCAAGUCACUGUUCACACCGUGGGAGCCCAACAUCACCAUCCCUCCCUUCAACGAUGCUUGGGGCCGGAAGCCUUGCCCUGGCCAGGAAGGACCCAAGUCUCACCCUGACGAGCCCGCCGCACGAACUAGCAAUGCGCAGACCAAGACGCCAUUAUGGGAGGACCGCAAGUGGCGCUUCAAGAAGGGCAACCGUUACGUUAAGUCGUUCCGCAAGGGGGAGCAUAUCCCCGACGAUGCUCCAGAUCUUGACCAGGAGGACAACCUGGUACUGCAUUUGAUCGACAUGCGCGCCAAGAAUCGGCGGGAUCCCACCCCUCGACGCACCCCCGUGGUAUACUACUACGAGAACGGCUUGCCGAAAGAUUGGAACAACAAGCAGACCGUCAAGGCUCUGAACGAUCGGCGCCAGCAGGCCAUUGACCGCAUCACCAUGGAUCCUCCUUGGGCCAACUACGAGCGCCAGUACCUCGCUUCCCUUCUCCAGGAGUUCCCUGAUGCAUCGAUUCUUGAACUUACCGAACGCUUCAAUUAUCGAUUCAUGGGCAAUGAUUUUGCUAAGUCUACCGCGUUCGAAUGGGACUACAUUUCAGCAGGUCGUACCAUCGAGAGCGUCCGCCACGAAUACCUGAUGUACAAGCACAUGUACGACCAGGGAGAUGCACCCAACAAGAAGGAGCUUGAGGACAAGUCGAAGGAGGGAUUGGCUGCGCGCAAAGCUCGAAGCGGCAUUCCGGUCAAAGACCGACUGGCCAAGUUCGGAAAAAAGGAUAAGAACUUGGACAAGGAUGAUGAGGAUAGCGACGCUGAGGGCGACGAAGAAGCUUCCGAUGCUGCCGAUACCCCCAAGAAAACCCCGCGCAAGAAGGCCAUUCCCAAGAAGAAGGCCCAGCAGAAGGAGAUGGACAUCAAGAAUGGAGUUCCUGCUCCUACUGAGCAACCAGAGAUGGGUGCAGAGGAUGAGGAGCUCCUGCACCUUGCCGGCUUCUAUUCAGCGCGCAAGCAUUCCGAGACCUCUGGGCCCAAGCGCUCGCCGACACCCCGCAGCCCGGCUAUUGCUCAGGAGAUUGAUUUGUCCACGAUCGAAAAGACCAAGGUCGAAUUUCAGCAGGAUGCUCAUGUUGAAGAGGGCCACGCGGUUGCCGAGAACUCUGAGCCACAGCCUGACAUCGGGAUGGCUGCACCGGCUAAUGUUGGCGAUGACUCUGACGACGAGUUGUAGAAAGUCGAAUUCCUCCCACUCCCAGUGUUCGAAAUAAGUAAGUGUAUGUUCUGGAUUUCUGAGCAUGUUGUUUCAGAUAGCA